GUUUGUAAACUACAUACUAAGCUGACAACAAAAUGUAAAUGUCAAAUUGGACAAAUUGACGUUGGUGAUGUGUUUCAAUCAGUGGUGGAAUUAGAAAUAAAUCGUGUUUAAUUGAAGAACCUACUAUGUCAUUGCCUUCCUAUUAGACUGAUUGCAGACUAAAAUAAUGAAUUUCAACGCUUCCAGAAAUGUGGGCCAGGGUGGGGGAAUUCGUAAAGCUAAGCGAGUGAGCGAUGUAGCAGCAAUGGGGGCGCCGUCGCCGACCCCUGCCUUCAGUCCUGCACCAGCUUACAAUGCAGGGUUCCAGCCUGCAGGCCCCCCUCCACCUUAUCAAGAAGGAAUCCAAUUAGAUGCCUCGCAAGACUUUAGCAAUGCAGCACCUCCUCCAGGAAAUUUUGGCUACAUGGGAGGGUACCCCCAAUCUCCUAUGGUAAACCCAGCACAGUUGGGAUCAAUGCUGCACCAACCUAUUGUACAGGAUAUGGCUCUGCAGUAUGGCAACCAGCUUGCCGCGCAGGGUCGCGAGGCGGUGCAGCGUGAGAUAAACAAAUAUGUCCCGGUAUCGCGCCUGCGCUAUUACUUCGCAGUGGACACGCGAUACGUGCUACGGAAGUUGCUGCUAAUCAUAUUCCCCUACACACAUAAGGAAUGGAUGGUGAAAUACGACCAGGACACGCCGGUGCAGCCUCGGUACGACAUUAACGCUCCAGAUCUGUACAUACCCUCCAUGGGAUACGUCACAUACGUACUGCUCGCCGGAUUUAUGUUAGGUCUGCAGCACAGGUUCUCUCCAGAACAAAUAGGCAUGCAGGCAUCAUCAGCGCUAGCAUACAUUAUCUUCGAGAUGAUCAUGUACCUGGUCACUCUAUACGUCACUAACACCAGCACACACCUCAAGACGCUGGACCUGCUGGCCUUCUCCGGGUACAAGUACAUCAUCAUGAUCGGCAGUCUACUGGCCGGCCUCAUGCUGGGCAGGACUGGCUACUACUGCACCCUUUUAUACACCAGUUUUGCAUUGUCUUAUUUCUUGGUGAAGACUCUCCGGCUACAAGUGCUGUCGGGGUCGCACGCGAGCGAGGCGGCGCCGGCGCCGGCGUACGGGUACGGCGCGGGCGGGUACAGCGCCAACCCGUACGCCGACACCUGGAACAAGCCGGCGGGCGGCGGCAGCAAGCGUCGCGUCUACUUCUUACUAUUCGUGGCGCUGAUGCAGCCGCUGCUGUCGUGGUGGCUCACGUAUCACCUGGCGCCCUCAGCGCCCGUAGCGCCUGUAGCCGCCGGAAUGGCAGCGCCCCUGACCCCCGCGCGAUAGCGGCGCCCCCUGGCCACGGAGCGGGCUCUUACUGUUCUUCUACAUUGUUGUACAUGCAUUUUUUUACUCGGAAAAUGUGGGCUUUUUAUCGGUAAUAUCGGUUUACAGAUUAUGUCAUCAAUUGGUACAAAGCUAACAGUGACUUGUGAAGUGUUGACCCAGCACUCGUGCGCGUAAACAAAUACAUUCUGUAAUGUUGACGGCAAUGACAUCUAGCAGCAUUCCUUAUUCAUAUCCAACAACAAUCAUGUUUCUUACUAAGUAUAAAUAGUCUGUAAAACAAAUGUACAAGUUUCAAAUUGAAAUAAAUAAACUUCGCGGAACAGUUGGAGCCCACUACUGUAUGCUGAUACACAGUGUCACUGAGUUACUCCUACUCCUCUGUUUUCAUUAUGAGUUUCCAUACAAAUUUUUCAAGUUCAACAGUUCAAGGAAAAUUUGGUAC